AUCUUUCUCUCUGCCCAUGCGCCUUUUGCCAUCCCACUAUCCUAUACCAUCACCACUUACAACAAUCACAUCCUCAACCCCUUGCAUUCGAGAAUCAAAUCAUCACACGACUGGCCACCUGUAUAAGAAAGCUGACGAAUGGCGCCGUCCUUCGAAGAGCCUCUCGCUGAGGCUCUGGAAGCCCCACUUAAGAAGAAGCCUGACUUGGUCGCACCCGAACCUGAACACUGUCCCGGUCCAGAGUCCGAACAAGCAGGCCAAGGCGACGCAUGCGCAGGAUGUCCAAAUCAAGCCAUCUGCGCAUCCGCCCCAAAAGGGCCCGAUCCUGAUAUUCCCAUCAUCACGGAACGAUUAGCUGGUAUAAAACAUAAAAUCUUGGUCCUGUCAGGGAAAGGCGGAGUGGGAAAGUCGACAUUUUCUUCCUUGCUGUCACAUGCCUUCGCAGCCAACCCUGAUUCAACCGUUGGCAUCAUGGACACCGAUAUCUGCGGCCCAUCCAUCCCCAAGAUGAUGGGCGUCGAGAACGAAACCAUUCAUGUCACCAAUGCAGGAUGGAGCCCAGUUUGGGUGACCGACAAUCUCGGAGUGAUGAGUGUUCAAUUCAUGCUGCCCAAUCGAGAUGAUGCUGUCAUCUGGCGAGGUCCCAAAAAGAACGGGUUGAUCAAACAAUUCCUCAAAGAUGUCGAGUGGGGUGACCUAGAUUAUUUAAUUGUCGACACUCCGCCGGGGACGUCGGAUGAGCAUUUGUCGGUCAACACUUUCCUGAAAGAGUCAGGUGUCGAUGGCGCCGUCGUUGUCACAACUCCACAAGAAGUAUCAUUGUUGGACGUCCGCAAAGAAAUCGACUUCUGCCACAAAGCAGGCAUUCGCGUUCUUGGUUUGGUUGAAAAUAUGUCGGGCUUCGUCUGCCCAAAAUGCACCCAUGAAUCCCAGAUAUUCCGGCCCACCACAGGGGGAGGGCGGAAAUUGUGUCAAGACAUGGGAAUUCCAUUUCUUGGUGCCGUCCCUCUUGAUCCGAGGAUUGGCAUGGCUUGUGAUUUUGGUGAAAGUUUUAUGGACAGUUUCCCUGACAGCCCGGCCUGUAAAGCCUUGCGGCACGUGGUCAGGACGGUGGGUAAAUUGGUGGGAGAAGACCCUGACGAUGUUCUACCGGAUGGUCCAAUCUGAUCUCAUCUGAUAAUAUUGAUACAUGAAGUUGCUAACGGGGAACUCUACACCCGCGUUGGCUUUCACCUGGGACAUUUACUGCAUGUGAUUGCAAAUCUGUUCAUCGUCACAGCCUGAAGACUCUGUCCGACGAAUCACCCUGGCUGAACCAUGAUCUCCAGCUGGGCACAUCAUACAGUCGUUGGGAUCACCCGGCCAAAUCUGCUACACUACUGUGAUCCUAAUGAUCUGCUUGAUCGACACAAUUGGAAAUGAGUUGACGAUCCAAACCAAGCACAUCACUUUGGCGUCCCACUCAUCAGUCCUUCGGCGGUUUGUUGAAAUCCAAUCAAGAUGGCGCCGACGUGAUACAGCAAUUGGCUGACAUCGAGUCUAUUGGACCUGUCAUCACUUAGGGCAGAUUUCUCUCUCGAAAAGGGGGGAAAGGAGGAAACCAAGCCUUAACCCAAGAUCGGCUGGGUAUUCAGUGCAGCUUGCACAGGGAGGCGGUUCCUGACGGCUGGGGGCCGCAGGCUUUCAUCUUGUCUAGCCUCCUGUCCAACAAGGUUAUGUGUGUUGACAGUCCUUGACGUGUGCUUCUGCCCGGGGGGACCACUGCCUGAUCGGUUACGGCGGUGUUGAGUCGCUUUUUGAGUUGCACAUGAUUAUGAUGGAUGAAGUCGUCGUGAGGCUGAUCCAUAUGUAAGGCAACAAGGCGUUUGGUCUUGAGCCGACGGAUCAGCCGCCAAGGCCCGUUAGUUUGGUUGACGAGAUGUAUGUACACAUGCAGGCGGUGAGUCUGGUUUGGUAUUCUCAUAGACAUACUAUCGCCGAUGACCAUAUAUUCUUGGAUGAAGAGAUCAUCAUUGUAUACCCUCUUCGUGCAAGAAGGAGGAGUGUCGUU